AUGAUAACUGGGAUGAUGCGCUUAAUACUGAUGAUUGCCAAACAAAGCUUAAGGCAGCCAAAAGAGAUAAGCAGGUUUCUAUCCCCACAAAUGGGGAAUGGUCAGCUCAGAUCACAGGCUCGAUAUCACAGAGUCGUAGACCUCAUGUAUGAUAUUUCGCAAUUUCAGACUGUGAUAACCUAUUGAAAGAAAAACAAAAGAUCAGGAUAG